AACCCUGUUUGCUGCUGCCACAGACAAAUUUCCCCUUGGGGAUGAAUAAAGUACUAUUCUAUUCUAUUCUAUUCUAGAAAGAUUAUCACUCAGUACUUCUCUUCUCUUCUUGUUGGCACUGGCUGUAAUAAGCCUCACAUAUUGUCAGUGACAAUAACAAUAAUUCAUGUGUUGUCGUUUCCUAUACUACAUCUAUUGAACAUAUGUUUAUCUUGGACUGUUACCUCAGGUUAAGACUUCACUUUUUGUUUUAUGUUUUUUUUUUCAGUAACUUUUGAGUAUCUAAUCUUUCACAAAUAGCAGAGAUUAGACAAAAGUCCAAAUUCAAAACGCAAUCAUCUCUGGACCUCUCAGAUUGACCUUGUAGCCCAACCCUUAGGUCAGGCACCACUGGACUCAACCACCCAGCUGUGUACUCCACUUUGAGCAGCGAACAGUAAAAUACUGAUUUCACAUUGUUGCAUCAGUAUUAACAAUUGAAUGUCAUUUAUGGCAAUGUAUCAGUCACAAGGGACAUUUAACUGCACAACCACUACUGUAUAAGUUGAUACAUUUAGUACAUUUAAGUAGGACUUUAAAUGCAGGACUACUUUACUUGUAAUGUGCAGUGACCUGACAUGCCGGUUUGUUCCGGUGUCCCGAGUUCUGACAAAUAUCUGUAAAAAAAAAAAAUAAUAAUAAUAAUAUCUUACUUGUUUUCAGCAUUAUCAUGUCCUGUCCCACUCAUUUUAUUAUUAUAUUACCUAACCCAAUAUAAAAGCUAAAACAAUGCACCACGCAUUUAAAUUCAACACCGAUGUUUUUGUAUGUGUGUCACUCAGUCAACGUUGUGAGGGACGUUGUGCUUGUGGCUCUUUCUGACAGACCCUGUCAGUGCGCUAACGGGUAGCUGUCACGCCGAAGACAAAGUCUGUCUUUCCUAAAGAGCUCCAGAAGGCUGACUCCAUCCUUCGUAAAGUACCCUUUGCAAUGGAAAUGCUGUGUUCUGCACACACUGAAAGAGCAUUUUAGGCUGGAAAUGCCGAAAUGAAAGAUCAGAUAUAGACAGCUAGAUAGUAAUAUACAAUAGCUGGCAGAGCAUUUGUCACAGUUGUCACUUUAGGCGACAUCCUGUGCUCGUGCACACUGACAAAUACCUUGUUUAUUUGUAGCUAUCUGGUUAGGUAUCUGGCAAUCGGUCAUUAGAUCACACCAAUGCAAUCCUUGGGUUUUGGGUUUACUAGAGUUAUUAUACAGCUUUCUAUUUUGGGAGGCAAAAUAUUUCUUUGUCUCCUGAGGUGCUGUCCAUGGUAAUGAAAGGUGUGCUUCAUGGUGUGCUGAGGGCUGAAAUAAUCGUCCCUACAGCAAAAACAACCACCAUACUGUAAGACAUGUAAGCAUUAUGUGGCCCACUGAAGGCUUGUUGGGGUUGAAAAUACGGCCAUCCUUUUGCACUGGCGUAUUUCACACUGUAGAAUUGAUUUAAACAAAGCAUCUGUGUUCUUACUUCACCUCUUGUACUGACACUGACUUUUCUUGGACAGCAGCCUUCAAAUGUGCCACUCAGAGUUGUUCACAAUGACACGUUAUUCUGAGUAAUUGAAUAAAUAAUUUUUAACACUUGAACUCUUUGCUCGGUGGUCAAGCAGGGAACUCCUGAAAUCGCUAUAACGAAGUCAGUCCACGCCAGUAAUUGUUUCAUGUGAUAUAAUUAUGCGGUAAUGUGGUUAAAUAGCUAAUGUUCCGAGUGAGCUAACAAACGAAGCAAAUGAAAUGACUUCACAAGCUUUUAAGGCAAACCUUAUAUGUAGCGUGUUUUGUUGGAAUUCUUGCAGAGUGAUGCGAGGCAUGCGCAUGUGUACAGUGAGCGUGGGUUUGUGUGUGCGUCUUCCCUGUAAGCUCUGUGAAUCAGCCUGUAAACAGACACCUUUGAGCAGCUGGCCACUUGGCUCCAGCACUACUCCCUUGCAAAGUAGGAGAGGAACUGUAGACACACACACACACACACAGACCCAGGCCACGUAUGCAUGCACCAACAAGCAGUACACCACCACACACAGACACAAAAACACCCAUAAACACACAGAUCCACUCGACAACACACUCUCACACAAGCACAUCUCCCCGAGCUCCCACAGGAGACAGACACUGCCGUGUUUACUGGCUCGCCGGAAACCUUCACAGGAAGGAGCGAGAUACCGACGCAUAUCAUUCUCUCGCUCCCUCCUCUCGCUUCCAAACUUCUUUUUCAGUCUUUGGGACAUCUCUUACAUCAACACUUUGGUCAGUUUAUUUGUCCAAGGCAACAACUCAGCAGGCUUUAUUGCUCUCCGAAUCUAAAUCAGGAGGGGGCGGACGGGACAAAUUUCCGGAUGAACACGCCAGUGGACACACUCAGGAGAAUGUAAACCGGGCCUGGAGCAUCAGUGAUAACAAAUAAGAGAUGUGCACUAGCUGUGAGCCGUACACUCCAAAUGUUUUUGUUUUUACUCUGAAGGACAGCGAGGAGUCUGGCCGGAGCUUCGGCCAGAAAAACACUCCAGAAGCUUCCAAACACCGUCGUCCACUCUGCCUCUCCCUCAAGAGCCAGCUCGUCCUGGCCUUCACACACAGUUUUAUUUUGUAUUGUUCUUGGAGCUGGCAUGAUUCAGUGGAUCUGAUGAUUCAAUUGGAACAGAGCAGGAAGAAUAGAGGAAUUAUUUAAGUAAUUGGGAUGUAAGAAUUAUAUUACAAAUGGGUUUUUUCCACAAAAAGUACAUAACAAGGCAUAUUUUGUUUCUGAUAAAAUAAUACAUUUUCUUCUGAAUUCCUAACACAAAACCAAUUUUGAAACCUCGACUGCCUGGUUCUCUUCCUCCUCAUCUCCUUACAGCCCAAUGUCGGACUCCCCCUCACUUAUUUUUAACAAAGUCGUUUCUGCCUCAAUCAGUGCUCUGUUUCCUGAAGGAUGGAAAAUGGCUGCAAAUGAGAAGAAGCACGUCCAACUGUACCCCGCAAAGGACAGGGGUUCAAAUGUGUAUUUUGAAAGGCUUAAAAUAACUUCUAAAAUUGUAAAAUAACAUAGUGAGGACUCCCAUAAAUACAAAAACAGCAUCUGGAUGAAAGAACAAUAUAUCUUCAUAUAUUUGAUGACUUAACUGCCUUACCGCCAUCAAAGAUGUCAAAAUAAUCAUGAACGUGAGUUCCUGUCAGCUGUUAAUUUUCUAAUCAAUAAAUCAACAUCAACAUAUAUAUAAAUUAUAAAUACAUUUAAAUAAUAAUUUCUGUCUUAAAUUGGUUUAUAAAAAUAACAAUAGAAAUGUACAUCUAAUUCGACUCCUAUGUUAUUAUAAAAUCUAGACUUUAUAAAUGUGCAUAAUUGUUCUAAAUAAUUGUGUCCAGCUGUUUAAAACAUCAAAUGUCAUUCUAAUAAGAAAGACUCAUUUUUAUUUUUCCAUGUUCAUCUGUGGUUUCUGACUCUGCCGGAUAACGGUGGAGGAGAACCUGGUAAUGUGAAUUGUGUUGAGAUUUAAUUCCACAUGUAAGCCUUUUAACUAAAGGAUGUUAUGGCACAUGUACACUUUAAAAGACACACUAACCCACACGGGCUGUCCUCCCAGGCUCUUCUCUCACACACACACACACACACACACACACACACACACACACAUUCCGUACACACUGUCCUGCUGUUGUUGAUGGUGGGGAACUGCUAAUUCUCUGCAUGUGGUUCUUACUCCUCUCUGUCUUUCUUCUGCUAUCGCCAUCUACUCCGCUCACCCUCUCCCUCAGUUUCUCUCUCUCCUUUUCACUUCAUCACUACUGAACAAAGUCUUUCUUUAUUAUCGCUGCCAACAAAAACCAGUUCACUUUUCCCGUCGGCACCAACAGCAGUGCUGUCCAUAGUCACACUCCCCAUUAGCUGUUGGUUGGAAGAAAAACAUCAAUGGGUUUAGUUUACUACUUUAAAAAUGUAUGUCUGUAGAUUUCCCCUAAAUUAGAGCAUUCGAUCUUGCAUUUACAUAUUUAAAUGAACAUUUCAGAAAACUUUAUAAAAAUGAUUUUCUUCAUAUAAGUUAUUAACUGGGGAGGUUCAUGGAGAUAUCUGUUUGUUCCUUUCUUUACCCUAUUCACCUCUAGUGCCUCCUUAAGUCUGUCUCUUGUAUUAGUCUGAUUUAUUGAUAUUGAACUAUCACGACAGCGCAUGGCUGAUAUUUUUCUUCUAUUAUAAUGACAUAAGGUAGAACCUUCAAUGGAUCUGAAGAUGAAGUGUCACGUUUAUUUUAUUAAUUCCAAAUUGACAAAUAAAUCAGAGAGAUGAGAUUCUUAAAGUCAACUGAAUGCCUUUUUUAUUGAUUGUUAGAUUCAUGUUUUAAAGGGAUACUCCAGCUAUUUAGUAUUGCUUUUCCAUAAAAUUGGGAUACUUUCAGGAGGAAGAUUUAAGAAAAAUAAAUGAAUAAAAGUAAUAAAAAGAAAACAUCCCAAAAUGCAACUGGAUAGUCUUUCUCUGGACCAUCCCUGCCUCAUAAACGGACACUUCUUUCAAAUUCCUCGCCUCCAGUUUGUAACGCAGACAUUAUACAACUGUCUUCACAUGUUGAGCAGUAAGAGUAGUGUACCUCAUGUAAAGUAAACUGAACUUUCUGUGUUAUAUUGGUGAAGUGCCCCUUUAAAAGACUUCACUCUGUUCACUCUUAAGAUACAGGCUACUGUGAUGGCUGAACGUAAAUUCAUCAUCACAUUAGUCCCAACGACCUCAUCUACAAUACAUUGUAUUUAGCUUAGUAUUGUGUAAAGUUUUGUAGUUAUCAUGCAUUCUAAAUAUUUUCAUAAUGAAUUUUUCAUGCCGCAUAAUGCUUGUAAUCUAUCAUGUUGCACAAUGCCAAUGAUCUUAGCCAAGUGUUAAUAGAUAGACAGCAGCUUUUCUGCUGAAACGGGGGGGGGGGGGGGCCACACAUGACUGAACACACAUGUACUUGACUGUCCCGUGUGUCGCCAUAGCAUCAUCACACUCACAAUCACACUCUUCUGAUGUAAAAAUGCAUUCUCUGCAAACAUACACUUCCUUGAGCAGUAAAGUUAGCAGAAGUCCUAACGUAACUUCCUGUGUAGUCGCCGUGCCCACUUUAGAGAAAGAUCAUGGUGGAAAGAUCAUCGGCUUCACGUAAGAAAGUUUAGAUGUGGUUACGUACCAACGUAGUAACGCACAAACGUAGUUACAUAGAGAUGUAGUUACGAGCCUUCUGGCUCAAAGUCCUGUCAUCCAUCCUGACCUUCUCCUGAUAUGCACUUAGUCGCUCUUUAUACUACGUCACCUGACUUCCUCUUUUGCUCCCGUCAUAAUUACUACGGCCACUACUUUCACGGUUUUCGUUGAGGACAGCAUGUUGUGGUUUACUCUCCAUAUUCUAAUAUAACACUUUUGAACACUAUAUUUUACGAGUUAACACAUUUCAUUUGUUAGCAUACAAAAUAAAACUACAGCAACCAUCGAAGUUCCCGAGCCUAUUUACGUUACCGAGCGGCCAUUUUCUCCUUUAUCCAGGAAAUCUACUUUGUGUGAACCAGUGCUCCAGUCGUGUUGGAGAGGCGUGGGGGUUCAUGCUCCAGGGCCAGGCUGAACUUCCUGUGAAGGUGUAAGGGAUAAACGAAGAGAGGGAUGCUGGGAAAGGGCGAGGCCGUGUGAGGAGAUGAGAGUCUGAGCCCAGCUUAGACGUCCUCCUUUCAGAGGCUCCUGACAUCCCUACCGGCUAUCAUAUUCUCCAUGGCCUUAAAUCACACACACACACACACACACACACACACACACACACACUUCUUCUCAAUAUUUUUUCUCCCUGUCCCCUGAUCCGACCCUGAACACUGCUUUUACUGAGUGCAGAGACACUUAGUGCUGUCGGACCACUUGUAAAAGCUUCGGUCCCUUUUAUUCGGCGUGCAUCAAAAGCAGAGGUUCAACACUGCCGCUGGCCGCUGCAGGUUCAUGGCAAAGGACAGACUGGCUAAGUGUGGAAGUUCAUACUGCCCUGUAUUUGAGUUUACUGGCUGAGAGCAGUUUGGAGUUUGUUGUAGGAACAGAGUGAUAUUAUGAGGUGCCGCGGGUAAAGUUUCCUCUGAGACCGUCCUGGUAACACUGGUCAUUUAAACACUCUGUUUUAAGUAAAUCCCUGUUGACAGCAGACUUGGCUUGGUAUAUGGUAGAGCAUAUAUGCAGGGUUAGUAAACAGUGAAAUUGUUUAGUAAUUUGUGGUGGUUUCUUUUUUCUUCACAUGUCACCUGUUGGUACAGAUAUACCAGAUAUUACAUUUAAAAUGUAUGUACAAGUUGGCCUUUGAAAGCCUUUGCAGAUUAGAACUAGAUUGGAAGAUAUUUUAUUUUGUUACUAUGUUAUAACUGAUUAUCAAUCCUUCAUAGUGGUUACUGCUAUACUUCCCUCCUGAUUUCAUUUUCAGUCAGAGUUCACACAACAAGUCAUUGAAUUGUUUUCUUUCUCUUUUCCAUGUGCUGCUGUCGUCAUGGCCCGAUCUCAUGGUAACACAGGUCCUUUCGACGGACGUGGUGUGACCUUGCUGGAAGUAUGUGGUAGCUGGCCGGAGAGCUUCGGCAUACCGCGGCACAACGUUGGCUCGGCAGACGCCAGUGACGAAGGCCUCCGAGAGAGACUGGCAGAUGCCAUGUCUGAGUCCCCCUCCAGGGAUAUAGUAGGAUCUGCUACAGAGCUGCAGAGGGAGGGCAGCAUCGAGACCCUCAGUAACAGCUCGGGAUCCACCAGCGGCAGCAUCCCACGCAACUUCGAGGGCUACCGCUCCCCCCUGCCCACCAACGAGAGCCAGCCGCUCAGCCUCUUCCCGACCAACUUCCCCUAGACUCCCACCUCUCCUCCAGGAAGAACCAGCACCGCCCGGCCCACCCUCCUGCCUCCCCCAUAUCUGUCCACACAGCAUCGCACUGACACACAGCAAAACAAAUCAUGCCUAGUAUUUGUUUUUCACUGAAGUGUGUUCUGUGUUGUCUUUCUCAUGCAGCUGCUCACACAUUAGUGUGGUCCCAGCUACAUGCAGUAUUAGUAUUGUAUUUCUUUUAUGAAGCUGCCAAUGCUUCUGUAGUUCAUACAGAUUUCCAAUCAUUCUAAAAAGAAAAUUUAAUUAAACUAUUUAGUGUUCAAAUUGCAUUCAUAUCUGGGUGAAAACACUGAGAAAAAUGUGUUGUAGUCUCUUGAAAGCUAAUUUCCUUUAAGCUUAACAGCUGGUUUAAGUGUUGCCGGGCAGUUCACCAGAUCUAAAGUUCAGAUAAAAUGUAGUUUCAUCACAGAGUAUUUUGAUACAGCGGUCAGGGAGGAACUUCCUUUAUUUUCAAUAUCAGAUUUUUAAUAACAGGCCAGUAUCAGCCCAGCACAUCUAUCUCUGCUUUCUAACCUUGCUGCUGUGUUAAAUCAGAAGCCAGUUGACACAGACGUUGUUGGAGUCCAGCCGCCCUCUCCUCUCUGCAGCUGAUGUUUCCUCAGCCCGGGCCGCCGUCAUUCUUUGUGUGUUUGAAGUUUUACGGUGUGCCUAUUGUCUGAAUGAGCCAUGAGAGCGGGAGGGCCGACAAAGGAAACAUGUUUAUUCCAGUCAGUGACGUGUAGCAGCUCCUUUUCCCUCCGUGUGUGUGUUGCUGCUCUCUUGGCCUCUCCCUAAAUGUUUUUGAUUAAAUUUGUCCCUCUCAUGCCUUUGAUUAUCAUAUAAUUACAUUUGACAAAAGAUGCAGUAAUGAGAUGACACUAUUACUACGUUGCUGAAGUCAUUUAGAUGUUUACCGUGUAAUUGAGACAUUUCUGACAUCAUUUAGAUAUGUUUCCCAACUCGGCCGUUCCAGAUAGUACAUUUUCAUUGAGUGGAGUAAUAGAGGCCGUCGUGCUGUAUUUUCUUCAUUAGCAAGUUUUGACCAAAAUCGUUUUCUCACCUCUAGUUAUAGAUAAAUACAUAAAUGCAUUAUACUUAAAUGUACUAGCUUUGCCUGAAGCAAAGAAGAUUGACUUUGAUAAACAGAAAUUCCUUUAUUCAACACACUUCACCUGUUAGUUUGUCCAAAGCAAAAUGUUUGUCUUGGUAAAAACUGAAAUGCACUAUUUACAGAGACACAUUAGAAAGAAUUGUCAAUGAUAAAAAUAAUAAUGUACAAUCCCUCAUGUGUGUAGUUGGACUGGCUGCAGGCCAUGAUGGCCUGUUGUUGCUCUUUCACUGAAUGAGGGUAUGCAUCUACGUGUUUUAAUUCAGAGCAAAUGCUUGUUGUUGACAGUACGAUUUAAUUUGUAAAAUACUUACUUGACUUUUCCCAGCAGUCAUGCAAGAAAAUAAAAACAUAAUAGAACACAA